GACGUCGGCCUGCACACCCACGUGUUGGCCUCUGUGCUCUCUUUUCCCUCUGCUUUCCUGAAACCCCUGGGUGAGCCUCCCCAAAAUCCCUCAGCAUGUUUCCUGCCAGCCUUAUCCUUCCACUAAUCUCAAUGUUCAAGAAAUGCCAAAUACUUAAGAAAUUCAGGCAUUCAUUCACCAUAACCAAAUGUGAUAAUAAAGAAAUACAGUGGCGAAGAAAUGUAGAACUAAAUCCUCAUCUAGGUAGGGUUUAUUGUACAAGUGGUUCAUUCCUACUACUGGUUUUCCCCUCCCCCUUUGGUUGGAAUUUUUUGAGGUUAAUUUAUUAUUGGGCCUCCAAGUCUUUAAUGAGUAUAACAUUGAUUGGCCUAGAAUAUCACUUUUGGGAACAAAGUCUAGCACCAGAAAUAAAGUCAGUAUUUCUUAGUGUGGUUUAUUUUAAUUGUUUGAACGAGAAAUUACUAGUUGGUUCAGUUAUCUGCGCUGAUGCAGGGAUUUGGGUGUUGGAGCAGUAUCACAGCACAGACCUUCCAACCCUCAGACAUACAGGUGUCAUUGUUCUGUUACCAUUGACACUGAGUCCCUUUGUUCUUAGAUCCGACCAACCCUCCGGUCCCUGCUUAUUUUGAGUCUGCAAGAGAAGUACAUUGAACUAUCCUAAGUACUGUAUCCGCAGAAUAUGUAAGGCUUAAGGCAACACAUUUAAGGUAUAAUACUUCUGCACAUCUGCUUCAGGAAGGAAGUGCCUGCCAUUCUUACUGUUUCCACGCAGGUUCAUGCCAGCCCAGAACAGAGAGUCAGAUUUAGAAGUAUUUCCCAACAACCAGCCAAGAUGAACAUGGUGAAGAGGAUCAUGGGGCGGCCUAGGCAGGAGGAGUGCAGCCCACAAGACAACGCCUUAGGACUGAUGCACCUGCGCAGGCUCUUCACGGAGCUGUGCCACCCUCCCCGGCACAUGACUCAGAAGGAGCAGGAAGAGAAACUGUACAUGAUGCUGCCAGUGUUCAACAGGGUUUUUGGAAACGCUCCGCCAAAUACAAUGACAGAAAAAUUCUCUGAUCUUCUGCAGUUCACAACACAAGUCUCACGACUAAUGGUGACAGAAAUUAGAAGAAGAGCAUCGAACAAAUCCACAGAGGCUGCAAGUCGGGCCAUAGUCCAAUUCCUGGAGAUCAAUCAGAGUGAAGAAGCCAGUAGAGGCUGGAUGCUUCUGACAACAAUUAAUUUGUUAGCAUCCUCUGGUCAGAAAACCGUGGACUGCAUGACAACGAUGUCAGUGCCUUCCACCCUGGUUAAAUGUUUAUAUCUGUUUUUUGACCUUCCACAUGUGCCUGAGGCAGUUGGAGGUGCACAGAACGAGCUACCUCUAGCAGAACGUCGAGGACUACUCCAGAAAGUUUUUGUACAGAUCUUAGUGAAACUGUGCAGUUUUGUUUCUCCGGCAGAGGAACUGGCUCAAAAAGAUGAUCUCCAGCUUCUAUUCAGUGCAAUAACUUCUUGGUGCCCUCCCUAUAACCUGCCUUGGAGAAAGAGUGCUGGAGAAGUCCUUAUGACCAUCUCCCGUCAUGGUCUUAGUGUCAAUGUAGUGAAGUAUAUUCAUGAGAAAGAAUGUUUAUCUACGUGUGUUCAGAAUAUGCAGCAAUCAGAUGACCUGUCUCCCCUAGAAAUUGUUGAAAUGUUUGCUGGGCUGUCUUGUUUCCUCAAAGAUUCCAGUGAUGUUUCGCAAACACUUCUGGAUGAUUUUCGGAUAUGGCAAGGAUAUAAUUUUCUUUGUGAUCUCUUGCUUAGGUUGGAACAAGCAAAAGAGGCUGAAUCGAAAGAUGCCUUGAAAGAUCUGGUUAAUCUGAUAACUUCUCUAACAACAUAUGGUGUCAAUGAACUAAAGCCAGCCGGGAUUACCACAGGGGCACCCUUUCUAUUGCCUGGAUUCGCGGUACCUCAACCUGCAGGCAAAGGUCACAGUGUGAGAAACAUCCAGGCCUUUGCAGUUCUUCAGAAUGCAUUUUUAAAAGCAAAAACCAGCUUCCUUGCCCAAAUCAUCCUCGAUGCCAUUACAAAUAUUUAUAUGGCUGACAAUGCCAAUUAUUUCAUACUAGAGUCACAGCACACACUGUCACAGUUUGCAGAGAAGAUUUCUAAACUCCCAGAAGUACAAAACAAAUACUUCGAGAUGUUGGAGUUUGUGGUUUUUAGCUUAAAUUAUAUCCCCUGUAAAGAACUUAUUAGUGUUAGUAUCCUCCUGAAGUCUAGCUCUUCUUACUACUGUAGCAUUAUUGCCAUGAAAACACUUCUUAAGUUUACAAGACAUGACUGCAUAUUUAAAGAUGUGUUCAGGGAGGUGGGACUUCUGGAGGUCAUGGUCAACCUUUUACAUAAAUAUGCUGCCCUCUUGAAGGAUCCCACUCAGGCACUCAAUGAACAAGGGGACUCACGAAAUAAUAGUUCAAUGGAAGACCAAAAACAUCUGGCUUUGUUGGUUAUGGAGACCUUGACAGUGCUUCUUCAAGGAUCAAACACAAAUGCAGGAAUUUUUCGCGAAUUUGGAGGUGCAAGAUGUGUACAUAAUAUAGUAAAGUACCCUCAGUGCCGGCAGCACGCCCUGAUGACGAUCCAGCAGUUGGUGCUCUCUCCGAAUGGGGACGAUGACAUGGGCACUCUCCUGGGGCUAAUGCACUCAGCCCCACCAACAGAAUUGCAGCUGAAGACUGACAUUUUAAGGGCCCUCCUGUCAGUCCUUCGAGAAAGCCAUCGCUCAAGAACAGUUUUCAGGAAAGUUGGAGGAUUUGUGUACAUUACCUCCUUGCUUGUUGCCAUGGAAAGAUCUCUGAGCUCUCCCCCCAAGAACGGCUGGGAGAAAGUGAACCAGAACCAAGUGUUUGAGCUCCUCCACACUGUGUUCUGCACACUGACUGCAGCAAUGCGCUAUGAGCCGGCCAACUCUCACUUCUUCAAAACAGAGAUUCAGUAUGAGAAGUUGGCAGAUGCCGUUCGAUUUCUUGGCUGCUUCUCAGACCUAAGAAAAAUAAGCGCCAUGAAUGUCUUCCCCUCAAACACACAACCAUUUCAAAGACUUUUAGAGGAAGACGUGAUCUCAAUGGACUCGGUGUCACCCACUUUACGGCACUGCAGCAAACUCUUUAUUUAUCUUUACAAAGUAGCCACAGACUCUUUUGACAGUCGUGCAGAACAGAUCCCUCCUUGCCUGACAAGUGAGUCUUCUCUCCCCUCUCCUUGGGGUACACCAGCUUUGUCCAGGAAAAGACAUGCAUACCAUUCUGUUUCAACUCCCCCUGUUUACCCUGCUAAAAAUGUCGCUGACUUGAAACUCCAUGUGACGACUUCAUCUCUUCAGAGUUCUGAUGCAGUCAUCAUCCAUCCUGGGGCCAUGCUUGCUAUGCUGGACCUCCUGGCCUCAGUUGGGUCAGUGACACAGCCAGAACAUGCUCUGGACCUUCAACUUGCCGUGGCAAAUAUUUUACAAUCCCUGGUGCACACAGAGAGGAGCCAGCAGGUCAUGUGUGAAGCCGGCCUUCACGCGCGACUGCUGCAGCGGUGCAGUGCGGCGCUGGCUGACGAGGACCACGUCCUGCACCCACCCCUCCAGCGGACGUUCGAGCGCUUGGCCUCUCAGGCCCUGGAGCCCAUGGUGCUGAGGGAGUUUCUGCGUUUGGCAAGUCCUUUAAAUUGUGGUGCCUGGGACAAAAAGCUACUAAAACAAUAUAGGGUCCACAAACCGAGUUCAUUGAGUUAUGAGCCAGAGAUGAGAAGCAGUAUGAUCACGUCUCUUGAAGGUCUGGGGACUGAUAAUGUUUUUAGCUUACAUGAAGAUAAUCACUACCGGAUAAGCAAGAGCCUUGUAAAGUCUGCUGAAGGAAGUACUGUACCCCUGACCAGGGUGAAGUGUCUUGUCUCCAUGACAACCCCACAUGACAUCAGACUGCAUGGGUCAUCAGUUACUCCAGCUUUUGUUGAAUUUGACACAUCCCUAGAAGGGUUUGGCUGCCUGUUUCUGCCCAGCUUGGCCCCUCAUAAUGCUCCCACAAAUAAUGCUGCCACCACGGGUCUUACUGAUGGUGCUGUGGUCAGCGGCAUUGGUUCUGGUGAAAGAUUCUUCCCACCUCCGUCUGGCUUAAGCUACUCCAGCUGGUUUUGUAUUGAACAUUUUAGUUCUCCUCCCAAUAACCACCCUGUCAGACUCCUUACCAUUGUGCGCCGAGCAAAUUCUUCUGAGCAGCAUUAUGUGUGCCUUGCCGUAGUCUUGUCUGCAAAAGACCGAUCUCUGAUUGUUUCCACGAAAGAGGAACUACUCCAAAAUUAUGUUGAUGAUUUUAGUGAAGAGUCCUCGUUCUAUGAGAUUCUCCCAUGCUGUGCUCGCUUUCGAUGUGGAGACCUCAUAGUUGAGGGACAGUGGCAUCAUCUGGUUCUGGUGAUGAGCAAAGGCAUGUUGAAAAACAGCACUGCAGCCCUGUAUAUUGAUGGACAGCUUGUUAACACUGUCAAGCUUCAUUAUGUUCACAGCACUUCUGGAGGUUCAAGCUCUGCAAAUCCCCCAGUGGUGAGCACAGUCUACGCCUACGUUGGUACUCCACCUGCCCAGCGCCAAAUUGCUUCAUUAGUUUGGCGCCUGGGACCCACUCACUUUCUGGAAGAAGUUUUGCCUCCUUCAAAUGUUACCACCAUUUUUGAACUCGGACCAAAUUAUGUUGGAAGUUUUCAGGCUGUGUGUAUGCCAUGGAGGAGGAAAAAUGUGUCGCCAGUGAUGUGUUUGGUUUCUUUCCCAGUUGAAGCCUGGAGACUGUUCUUCUUUAGUUACAUUAUUUCCUUUCUUGUUCUUCAGUUAGGCAUUUCCUCCCAUGAGAAUGCCACUCCUGUGAAGUUGAUACACAACUCCGCAGGACACCUUAACGGGCCUGCCCGGACAGUCGGGGCUGCCCUCAUCGGAUACUUGGGAGUAAGAACAUUUGUCCCUAAGCCUGUUGCCACUACUUUGCAGUACAUCGGUGGGGCUGCAGCCAUCCUGGGCCUGGUGGCCAUGGCCUCUGAUGUGGAAGGGUUAUAUGCAGCCGUCAAGGCCCUGGUCUGUGUGGUCAAGAGUAACCCCCUAGCCAGCAAAGAAAUGGAAAGAAUUAAGGGCUACCAGUUGCUGGCAAUGCUGCUUAAGAAGAAACGUUCCCUUCUUAACAGCCACAUCCUCCAUCUAACUUUUUCUUUAGUGGGAACUGUUGAUAGUGGACAUGAGACCUCCAUUAUUCCAAAUUCAACUGCUUUUCAGGAUCUUCUUUGUGAUUUUGAAGUCUGGCUCCAUGCACCAUAUGAACUUCAUCUUUCCUUAUUUGAACACUUUAUUGAACUGCUCACAGAGUCCAGUGAAGCUUCAAAGAAUGCCAAACUAAUGAGGGAAUUCCAGUUAAUCCCAAAGCUGCUACUGACUCUUCGAGACAUGUCUUUAUCCCAGCCUACUAUUGCUGCUAUUAGUAACGUGCUCAGCUUCUUACUCCAAGGCUUUCCCAACAGCAAUGAUCUUCUCAGGUUUGGACAGUUCAUUUCUUCUACUUUGCCAACCUUUGCAGUUUGUGAGAAAUUUGUAGUUAUGGAAAUAAAUAAUGAAGAGAAGCUUGACACUGGCCCUGAAGAGGAGUUUGGAGGUCUUGUAUCUGCUAAUCUCAUACUUUUGAGAAAUAGACUUCUAGAUAUCUUGCUAAAACUAAUUUAUACAUCUAAAGAAAAGACAAGCAUUAAUUUACAAGCUUGUGAAGAACUCGUCAAGGUCCUGGGUUUUGACUGGAUCGUGAUGUUUAUGGAGGAGCACUUGCACUCCACCACCGUCACGGCAGCCCUGAGGAUUCUUGUUGUCCUGCUGAGUAACCAGUCUAUUCUCAUCAAGUUCAAAGAAGGACUCAGUGGUGGAGGAUGGCUUGAACAGACAGAUUCUGUCUUAACUAAUAAGAUUGGAACUGUAUUAGGAUUCAAUGUGGGCAGGAGUGCUGGUGGGAGAUCGACCAUUAGGGAGAUUAACCGGGAUGCUUGUCAUUUUCCUGGUUUUCCAGUCCUCCAGUCAUUCCUUCCCAAACACACUAAUGUCCCUGCCCUCUAUUUUCUCCUCAUGGCCUUGUUUCUGCAGCAGCCCGUUAGUGAGCUGCCUGGGAACCUGCAGGUCAGUGUGCCUGUCAGCAGCUGCCGAUGUAAGCAGGGUUGCCAGUUUGAUUUGGACUCUAUUUGGACAUUUAUCUUUGGAGUUCCUGCCUCCAGUGGGACUGUGGUCUCUUCCAUCCACAAUGUGUGCACAGAGGCUGCCUUUUUAUUACUGGGGAUGCUCCGCAGCAUGCUCAACUCACCUUGGCAGUCAGAAGAAGAGGGCUCGUGGCUGCGAGAAUACCCCGUGACCCUGAUGCAGUUCUUCAGAUACUUGUACCACAACGUGCCGGACCUGGCCUCCAUGUGGAUGAGCCCCGACUUCCUGUGUGCGCUGGCGGCCACUGUCUUCCCCUUCAACAUCCGCCCUUACUCAGAGAUGGUGACUGAUCUCGAUGAUGAGGUUGGAUCUCCAGCAGAAGAGUUUAAAGCAUUUGCAGCCGACACUGGGAUGAACCGGAGCCAAUCCGAGUACUGCAAUGUGGGCACCAAGACAUAUCUGACCAAUCACCCAGCUAAAAAGUUUGUUUUUGACUUCAUGCGCGUCUUAAUAAUAGACAACCUCUGUCUCACCCCUGCCAGCAAGCAGACUCCUCUGAUUGAUCUUUUGUUGGAGGCUUCCCCUGAAAGAUCUACAAGAACUCAGCAGAAAGAAUUUCAGACUCACAUUUUGGAUAGUGUGAUGGACCAUUUGCUUGCAGCUGAUGUGUUAUUGGGGGAAGAUGCGUCUCUGCCUAUUACCAGUGGAGGAAGCUACCAGGUAUUGGUGAACAAUGUGUUUUAUUUCACGCAACGUGUGGUGGACAAGCUUUGGCAAGGCAUGUUCAACAAAGAAUCUAAACUUCUCAUAGAUUUUAUAAUUCAACUAAUUGCACAGUCAAAGAGAAGAUCCCAGGGAUUGUCUCUGGAUGCAGUUUAUCACUGCCUCAAUAGAACCAUCCUUUACCAGUUCUCACGGGCACACAAGACUGUUCCUCAGCAAGUAGCUCUCCUGGAUUCACUCAGGGUCCUCACUGUGAACAGGAACUUGAUCCUGGGGCCUGGGAACCACGACCAAGAAUUCAUUAGCUGUCUGGCUCACUGCUUGAUUAAUCUGCAUGCCGGAAGCAAUGUGGACGGAUUUGGAUUGGAAGCGGAAGCCCGCAUGACCACGUGGCACAUUAUGAUCCCCUCCGAUAUUGAACCAGAUGGUAGUUACAGCCAAGAUAUCAGUGAAGGGCGUCAGCUUCUCAUAAAAGCUGUCAAUAGAGUUUGGACUGAACUGAUACACAGCAAGAAGCAAGUUUUGGAGGAGGUUUUCAAAGUGACUCUGCCUGUGAACGAGAGGGGACAUGUAGACAUAGCUGUAGCGAGGCCACUCAUUGAAGAGGCUGGGAUGAAGUGCUGGCAGAAUCAUCUGGCUCAUGAAAAGAAAUGCAUCAGUCGAGGAGAGGCUUUGGUGCCCACCACACAGUCUAAAUUGUCCCGUGUCAGCAGUGGCUUUGGUCUUUCCAAGUUAACAGGAUCGAGAAGGAAUCGAAAGGAAAGCGGGCUCAAUAAACACAGUCUUUCCACGCAGGAGAUUUCUCAGUGGAUGUUUACACAUAUCGCUGUCGUUCGCGACUUGGUAGAUACACAGUACAAGGAAUAUCAGGAGCGCCAGCAGAAUGCCCUCAAGUACGUGACGGAGGAGUGGUGCCAGAUCGAGUGCGAGCUGCUGCGGGAGCGGGGGCUGUGGGGCCCUCCCAUUGGCUCCCAUCUAGACAAGUGGAUGCUGGAGAUGACCGAAGGGCCCUGCAGGAUGAGGAAGAAGAUGGUGCGAAAUGAUAUGUUUUAUAACCAUUACCCCUACGUGCCAGAAACAGAGCAAGAGACAAAUGUGGCGUCUGAGAUCCCAAGUAAACAGCCCGAGACACCUGAUGAUAUCAUUCCUCAAAAGAAACCUGCUCGAUACAGAAGAGCCGUAAGUUAUGACAGUAAAGAAUACUACAUGCGACUAGCCUCUGGCAAUCCAGCCAUUGUCCAGGACGCCAUUGUGGAGAGCUCAGAAGGGGAAGCCGCCCAGCAGGAGCCAGAGCAUGGGGAAGACACCAUCGCCAAAGUCAGAGGUCUGGUCAAGCCUCCUCUGAAACGCUCUCGUUCUGCACCUGAUGGGGGAGAUGAGGAGAACCAGGAACAGCUGCAAGACCAGAUUGCUGAGGGCAGCUCCAUAGAAGAAGAGGAGAAGACAGACAACACCACCUUGCUGCGCCUGCUGGAGGAAGGAGAAAAGAUCCAGCACAUGUACCGCUGUGCUCGAGUCCAGGGCCUGGACACCAGUGAAGGGCUGCUGCUUUUUGGUAAAGAACAUUUUUAUGUGAUUGAUGGAUUUACCAUGACAGCAACCAGGGAAAUAAGAGAUAUUGAAACCUUACCUCCAAAUAUGCAUGAGCCAAUAAUCCCCAGAGGAGCCAGGCAAGGCCCUAGUCAGCUCAAGAGAACAUGCAGCAUUUUCGCAUAUGAAGACAUCAAAGAAGUGCAUAAAAGGAGAUACCUCCUGCAGCCUAUUGCUGUGGAAGUUUUCUCCGGAGAUGGACGGAAUUACCUUCUUGCUUUUCAGAAAGGAAUUAGAAACAAAGUCUAUCAAAGGUUUUUGGCUGUAGUGCCAUCUCUGACUGACAGUUCAGAAUCCGUAUCUGGGCAACGACCAAACACAAGUGUGGAGCAGGGAUCUGGAUUGCUUAGCACUUUAGUUGGAGAGAAGUCUGUGACGCAGAGAUGGGAGAGAGGUGAAAUCAGCAACUUCCAGUAUUUGAUGCACUUGAACACUCUGGCUGGCAGAUCAUACAAUGACCUCAUGCAGUAUCCUGUCUUCCCCUGGAUCCUUGCAGAUUACGACUCAGAGGAAGUAGAUCUCACUAACCCCAAGACUUUUAGAAACUUGGCAAAGCCGAUGGGAGCACAAACAGAUGAACGACUGGCUCAAUAUAAGAAGCGAUACAAAGACUGGGAGGAUCCUAACGGAGAAACUCCAGCUUACCACUAUGGGACCCACUAUUCAUCUGCAAUGAUUGUAGCCUCUUACCUUGUAAGGAUGGAGCCUUUCACACAGAUAUUCUUAAGGCUACAGGGUGGCCACUUUGACCUGGCUGACCGGAUGUUUCACAGUGUGCGUGAGGCCUGGUACUCAGCAUCAAAGCACAACAUGGCAGACGUAAAGGAGCUCAUCCCAGAAUUUUUUUACUUACCAGAAUUCCUCUUCAAUUCCAACAACUUUGAUCUAGGCUGUAAACAAAAUGGCACCAAGCUUGGUGACGUUAUCCUUCCACCCUGGGCAAAAGGGGACCCUCGAGAAUUCAUCAGAGUCCACCGUGAGGCUCUGGAGUGUGAUUACGUGAGCGCCCAUCUACAUGAGUGGAUCGACUUAAUCUUUGGCUAUAAACAGCAAGGCCCUGCCGCGGUGGAAGCUGUGAAUGUCUUCCAUCAUCUUUUCUAUGAGGGCCAAGUGGAUAUCUACAACAUAAAUGACCCCCUGAAGGAGACAGCCACCAUUGGGUUCAUUAAUAACUUCGGUCAGAUCCCUAAACAGUUAUUUAAAAAACCUCAUCCACCUAAGCGGGUGAGGAGUCGUCUCAACGGAGACAACGCAGGAAUCUCUGUCCUACCAGGAUCUACAAGUGACAAGAUCUUUUUUCAUCAUCUAGACAACUUGAGGCCUUCUCUAACACCUGUAAAAGAACUCAAAGAGCCUGUGGGACAAAUAGUAUGUACAGAUAAAGGUAUCCUUGCAGUAGAACAGAAUAAAGUUCUAAUCCCACCAACCUGGAACAAAACGUUUGCAUGGGGCUAUGCGGACCUCAGCUGCCGACUGGGAACCUAUGAGUCAGACAAGGCAGUGACUGUUUAUGAAUGUUUGUCUGAGUGGGGCCAGAUUCUCUGUGCCAUCUGCCCCAACCCCAAGCUGGUCAUAACUGGUGGAACAAGCACGGUUGUGUGCGUGUGGGAAAUGGGCACCUCGAAAGAAAAGGCUAAGACACUCACCCUCAAACAGGCCUUACUUGGCCACACUGAUACUGUCACCUGUGCCACAGCAUCAUUAGCCUAUCACAUAAUUGUCAGUGGGUCCCGGGAUCGAACCUGCAUCAUUUGGGAUCUGAACAAACUGUCAUUUCUAACCCAGCUCCGAGGCCAUCGAGCUCCGGUUUCUGCUCUUUGCAUCAAUGAGUUAACAGGGGACAUUGUGUCCUGUGCUGGCACCUAUAUCCACGUGUGGAGCAUUAACGGGAACCCCAUCAUGAGCGUGAACACAUUCACAGGGGGGAGCCAGCACAUCGUCUGCUGCUGUGUGUCCGAGAUGAACGAGUGGGACACACAGAAUGUCAUCGUGACAGGGCACUCAGAUGGAGUGGUUCGUUUUUGGAGAAUGGAAUUUUUGCAAGUUCCUGAAACACCAGCUCCUGAGCCUGUUGAAGUCCUAGAAAUGCAGGAAGACUGUCCAGAAGCACAAAUAGGGCAGGAAGCCCAAGACGAGGACAGCAGUGACUCAGAAGCUGAGGAGCCAAGCAUCAGCCAGGACCCAAAGGACGCUCCCAGCCAGCCCAGCAGCACCAGCCACAGGCCCCGGGCAGCUUCCUGCCGAGCAACUGCUGCCUGGUGCAAUGACAGUGGCUCCGACGACUCCAGGCGCUGGUCCGAUCAGCUCAGUCUGGAUGAGAAAGACGGCUUCAUAUUUGUGAACUAUUCAGAGGGCCAGACCAGAGCCCACCUGCAGGGUCCCCUUAACCACCCCCACCCCAAUCCCAUUGAAGUGAGGAAUUACAGCAGAUUGAAACCAGGCUACCGGUGGGAACGGCAGCUGGUGUUCAGAAGCAAGCUGACUAUGCACACCGCCUUUGAUCGGAAGGACAACGCACACCCCGCCGAGGUUACCGCCUUGGGCAUCUCCAAGGACCACAGCAGGAUCCUUGUUGGUGACAGUCGAGGCCGAGUUUUCAGCUGGUCUGUGAGUGACCAGCCCGGGCGUUCGGCGGCUGACCACUGGGUGAAGGAUGAAGGAGGUGACAGCUGUUCAGGCUGCUCAGUGAGGUUUUCACUCACAGAAAGACGACACCAUUGCAGGAACUGUGGUCAGCUCUUCUGCCAGAAGUGCAGUCGAUUUCAAUCUGAAAUCAAACGCUUGAAAAUCUCAUCCCCAGUGCGUGUUUGUCAGAACUGUUAUUAUAACUUACAGCAUGAGAGGGGUUCAGAAGACGGGCCUCGAAAUUGUUGAAGACUCAGCAGGCUGAUUGAAGACCCUGCUCUGUAGGCCUCUUCCCGACUCCCCUGUCACAGUGCGGAAGGCAUUGGAAACAAUCUCCGUUUACACAGCUCUUCAUACCGUGUGUCUGAAGCGUUGAAUUCAAAGGGAUCAUUGAAUAAAACGGGUGUAGAGUCCAGUAAGGGGCAGAUGCUAUUCAGGUGAACCGCGCGAGAAGGCCAGGAGGUGGUUCCCAGGAGCAACAUUUCCAAUACCCAGUUCUCCCUGACAACGUGGCUGUCUCCAAGAGAAAAAUCCUCACUUAUUAACUGUCUUUUCUUGCAUCUCAUUUUUAUAGAGCUACUCAUCCUUAUUUGGAAAAACAACAACCAAAAAAGGCUUUUAGAAAAUGGUUGUAAAUCUGACUUCUUUGCAAGUAACUAUAUAUAUAUAUUGUAAAUAGGUAUAAAGGCCUUUUUUUCUAAAUAAGGACUUAUCUGCCUGUAACAUGAAAUUUCAAACUAAACCAACUAACUCAAUGAACUACUAUGGUUUUAUCUGCCAUCCCUCACCUACCAAUUAAUUAUAAAUAUGUUUUUUAAAAAUCCUCAGAGACAUUACCUGUGGUCUUUUUUUUCCUUUCACCCCCAGCCUGUGUGCCUGAUGUCGUUUCUUUUGAGUUGCCCACAGUAUCUCCACUUCAGCUAGGCUAGUAACCAAAAUAACGUGGACCUUCUCUAGAGAGCAGUGUGGGAGAAUAGGAGCCCCCAGCGUAAGGUAACCCGGCAGGACUUGGGUGGCUUGGACCUGGCUACGCACCACCUCAGUGUUGUUCUUAUGUAACAAGGCCCCUUUUAAAUUUGUAUGUGGACUGCUAUUGGUCAGAGCAGACCUUGUUAGCAUUGCGUAAAGAUGGUCAGGUGACCCGUGUAGCGCAGAAAACAGCCCUGCCUCUACUAAUGAGAAAUAUAUUUGCAUGUAACCCCAAAUUAGCUUCUCUUGCAUAGAACAUAAUAAGUAUGUGUCUUUGGUGACACUGAUGUUCUACUAUAUCUUAAUUUCAAAAAAAGGGUUAAAUUAAAAAAAGAAGAAAAAAGUGUACAGAAUUAACAUAUAAACUUCGUUGUAAAACUGGAUCAUGUCAGAACUGCUUAAAGUUAACCUUUACCACUUAAUGUCAUCUACCUGAAAACAGUGAGAUUUAUACUGUAUCAAUGUCUAUUUUUUUGUUUUUGCUAUGAAUAUAAUUACAGUAUUUUAAUAUUUAGUUAUUUAAUUUGUUCUACUAGUUGGAUACAGAACACACAAAUCCAGGGGGGUUAAAGCUGGAGGGCUAAGGGAUAAGUUUAGUUUACAGAAAAUAGCUUUGGUGGUGGGAUUUUUUUAAAUGUGUGUUAUGUACAAAUAUAUAAUAUAUAUAUAUAUAAAAAAACAAAUGAAACAGUUAAUCUAGAUUUUAACAUUUUCAGAUACUUAGUGAUAAUAUUAUGAACCAUUCUAAAAGCUCUGUAAUUUGAAAAAUGUAGGAUCAUUAAUGGCCCAAGAAGGGAAGGACAGGCCUUCACACCUUCACGGAGGUGUCAUACAAAGGACAGUGGCUUUGGCUUUUCCAACUUUUCAUCUUUAGGCCCUGGUGAGAGGCACAUUAUGCACUAAAAUGCACAUAUAUGCACAUGCAUUCAAAAACAGGCGUCUGGUACAAUAGUGAUCUUGUACCUAACGGGCUGAAACCAGCUUAAGAACAAAUUUGUUCUUCCUGAUAACUAGGUCUCCAAGAGAAAAUGUAAAGGCUGCUUUAGUGCCUUAUGCUUACUAAAUUUAAAUCUUUAUUUACCUAGGUUUGAGCCUACAGUCUAUUUAUGAUUACAUAUCAAAAUUGAUUAAAACACUUCCAUUUCUAAAAGUUCAAAUAUACUUGUUAAUAAAAGGAUUAUUGGCAUUAAUACUUUUAACUUGAAGAAAAGCUGUGUUCUGUUUUCCUUUCUGUGUCUUACUCCCCUCCAUAUCCCUCUUUCCCCACACCAACUUACUUCAAUUCUAAUAAAUAAUGCUGAUGUCCAACAGCUGCAGAAAUCGUGCUGUCAGUACCUGGGGCUCUGCCCCGCCGGGCCCUUUGGAUGACUUGUAGCAGUGUUAUUCUACACUUUUUAAAAGACGCGUCCUCCUUUUGUCCAUGAGCCAUGUUCACCCCCUACCCCAUGGCAGAGGUGUUUUUAAGACUUGAACAUAUGAAUGUGUGUAUGUAGUUAAGUUAAAGGUUAUUCCUCUUUGUAAUAUGAAAUUAUAUGGGAUAAACACUUUUAAACUUUCCGACACAACUUCCAUAACUAGAAGAUGGAAGCCAAAACCCUCAUGAUAGUAUUUCCUCUGGCAGCUGGUGCUGUGGGCAACUGUUUUGUUCAAUCAGGUUUGUUUUUUGGGUUUAUUUUGGGGGGGGGGGUGGUUUUGCUUCUAAAGCAAAAAUCACAGACUCACUCAUAGAUACAUCCAUAAACUAAACGUAUGGAUAUCUUUCUGUGUUCCGUGUAAAUUUAUUUACUAACAUAUUCUCAACAUGUGCACCCGCCUUUCUGUGGUCUAUAUUCUUUCUCUCAGAGUACCUCACUGGGCUCCUGCCUGAUCUUUGUAGCUUGUCCAUCCACCCGUCCAUCUGUCCAUCCAUCCAUUCUUUUCAUCCACGUAUCCUAACAUCUGUGUGUAGCGUGCAACUGUAAUGUCAUGCUUCUGAAGAAAAGAGCAGCUGCCCAUAGCAGCCAUCCGUCUGGAUAAUAGCGAAACACUCUAGAUAAGUUAUUUUGCACUUUCUUAUGUAUAAAGUUGGUAGAAACUUAUUUUUGCUUUGUAUCAUUUAAAUACAUUUUGUUUUGGUAAAUGAACUGUGUAUAAAAUAUUUAUGCCGUUAAAAACUGUUUUUAGAAAGUAUUUUUAAUUUCAGCAAGUUCGGUUACUUGUUGCAUGACUAUUAACACAGCUGACUUUUUGUGUCAGUGCAAUGUAUAUUUUUGUCCUGUUAUUAACUUGUAAGCCCUAGUAUUGGCCAAUUAUUUGUACAGCAAAGAAGUAAAUUGAAGAUACUGGCUAAGACUGGAUUGAUUGUGGACUUUUGUACUAUACUGCAGAAUCCAAUAUCUGUUUCUUGGUGGUUAUGUAAAAGGCCUGAAGAAUUACUAUCUAGUGUGCAAUCUGUGAAUCUGAAUGUUCAUUGUAUAUCUGUCUCUAAUGCAAAAAGGUAGAGUAACACAAUUACAAUACAUGAUUAAACGCAA